UUGGCGGGUGAAGGACAAAAAAAAACCUUCCAAGAUUAAGAGAUUUCUUUUUCUCCCGCUAGUCCUUCUUCACCAUCCGUCCACUACGAAGAAAACGCACCUGAGAGUAGUACGUGGGCUGCAACAUUUCACCUCUCAUUAACUGUAUCCCUAUUUAUGCGCGCGCGCGCCCUUAAUUCCCGUCUGUGCAGUGCGCGUGCAGACGUAGGGGUGCGAGUCAUCAAGUUUCCUCACUGUGAUACUGUUCUCGCGUGAGCUGAAGUUCCCCCGACUGCAGGUGUCCAGCGGAGCGCAGAGGAGCCAAGAGAGAAAUAUUGGCAGCUUUAUCGGUAGCUUCUAAUGCAAUGAUGGAUCGAUGGAGCGCAGUGCGCGAGACGUGGGUUCUGUGGCUGCUCGUGACGGUGUUUUACACCUCAUAUGCAGCCAAUCCUAUUGAUGUCCUGAAGGUUCUGGAGCUGUCAGAGGAUAUGGAGGGCGUGUCGCUGGAGUCAGGACUGUGCACCAGCAGGGAGGGACGCGAGGAGACAGACCUCUCCUAUAAGAUCGACAAGAAGAUUCAACUUAGCGCGCCCUCAAAACAACUCUUCCCUGAUUCAUCGUUCCCUAUGAAUUUCUCCGUGAUGGCAACAGUGAGAGCUGUUAAAGGCUCGCAGGCCUUCCUCCUCUCUAUUUAUGACUCGCAGGGCACGCAGCAACUAGGAGUGGAGGUCGGUCGUUCUCCUGUCUUCCUCUAUGAGGACCAUGAGGGUCAGCCCCCACCUGAACUCUACCCCACCUUUAGAAAGAUCAACCUGGCUGAUGGCAAGUGGCACAGAGUCGCCUACAGUGUGGAGGGUCAGUCUGUGACUCUGUACCUGGACUGUGUCAAACUGGACACCUUGGAGCUGCUCAGAGGUUUUGACCCACAUGUCAGCAUCGAGGGAGUGACAGUGUUUGGGACAAGACUGCUUGAUGAAGGCGUGUUUGAGGGAGACAUCCAGCAGCUGCUGAUUGUUGAAGACCCAAGGGCAGCAGAAACCUACUGUCAGGACUACAUCCCAGACUGUGACGCACCUUUGCCCUACAACACCAUAUUAGCAGAGGCUGAGGAGGUGGAGAGAGUCCCAAAGAAACAUGUUGUCGAAGAGUUCGAGGAGUUUGACUACAGCGACCUCUAUGAUGAGCUCUCUGUUUCUACGGUGACCUCAGGCCCUAACGUCACAGAGUAUGAGAUCAUUGAGUAUGAAGACUACGACAACACAACAGAAUACUACCAUGUUAAUGAGUAUGAAUAUGAAGAAGAAGAUGACGAUCGCUACGGACCGGCCGAGAGAGAACGGGAGAUGUCUCUUAACACGCAGGAUUUACCAGAGAAAGGAGAAAAAGGAGAGCCUGGCCUACUGGGAGCGGGAACACAGAUUACCGGACCAUACGGGCCUCCAGGACCUGAGGGGGAGCCAGGGCCUCCAGGAAUCACAGGACCUGUAGGACCUCGAGGAGACCCCGGGGAGCUGGGCCCUCCAGGGCGGCCAGGCCUUAAUGGGGCUGAUGGGAUACCAGGACCCCCAGGAAACAUAAUGCUCAUACCGUUCCAGUCAGGUGGCGAUCCAAAGAUGGGUACUGUCGUGUCUGCACAGGAGGCGCAGGCUCAGGCCAUCCUGCAGCAAACCAAGCUCGCUAUGAAGGGACCUCCAGGGCCGCUCGGCCUCAGGGGAAGACCUGGACCACUAGGUGCACCAGGUCCCUCUGGGCUGAAGGGGUCCAGUGGAGAUUUGGGGCCAGCGGGUCCUACAGGGCUGCCUGGUAUCCCAGGUCAGAACGGACGCAUCGGGAAAAGAGGUCGUGCGGGUACAGACGGGGGUCGCGGUGCAAUUGGAGAGACUGGAGCAAAGGGGGAUAGAGGCUUUGAUGGCUUGCCAGGACUUCCUGGAAAUAAAGGACAUAAAGGAGACAGGGGGAAGCCUGGUCCUCUGGGUCCUUCUGGAGAGCCAGGAGAGAAGGGUUCUGAGGGGCCGUCCGGACCAAGAGGACAACCAGGUGAUGCUGGUUCCAGAGGUCUGAAUGGUCCAAGAGGACGUCCUGGUCCCCCUGGUCAGAUUGGUAUUCGAGGAAUUGAUGGUGUUCAAGGUUCAAAGGGCAACAUAGGAUCUUCCGGAGACGUCGGAGCCCCUGGACAGCAAGGAAACCCUGGGAUUGUGGGAUUUCCUGGUCCUCAGGGGUUAGUAGGGCUUCCAGGAGAGAAGGGGCCUCAAGGGAAGAAAGGGAUGCAGGGUUUACCUGGAAACGAUGGGCCCCCAGGUCAUCCUGGAAGAGAAGGUACUCCAGGUGAAAAAGGACUGCCGGGUCCCAUCGGAGUGCAGGGUCCUGUUGGAUACCCAGGACAACGAGGAGUUAAGGGAGCGGAUGGAAUCAGAGGAUUAAAGGGAAGCAAAGGCGAGAAGGGAGAGGACGGGUUCCCCGGGGCCAAAGGUGAGAUGGGAGGAAAGGGAGACAAUGGAGACAACGGAGCUACAGGUGGCCGAGGAGAAGAUGGACCCGAGGGGCCAAAAGGUCAGACGGGUCCCCUGGGAGAAGCUGGUUCUUCUGGUAUCGCUGGAGAGAAGGGCAAACUGGGAGUUCCUGGGCUACCAGGAUAUCCAGGGCGACAGGGGUCAAAGGGUUCUGAUGGAUUUCCAGGUUUACUGGGAGCUGCAGGGGAAAAAGGGAAGAAAGGUCCUGCAGGACAACCAGGAGGCGCAGGCCAGAGGGGUCCAAAUGGUGCACGAGGUGCCAGAGGAGCAAAAGGGCCUACAGGGAAGUCAGGAGAAAAGGGCGCCUCGGGACAUGAUGGGCCCCCAGGAUCUCCAGGAGACAGAGGACCUUCUGGGCCGCAAGGAAGGAAUGGAGAGUCAGGACCUAAAGGAGGAAAUGGUCCUGGUGGGAAAGACGGACUUCCAGGUCACCCAGGUCAAAGAGGAGAGCCGGGAUUCCAAGGGAAGACGGGGCCUCCAGGACCCUCAGGUGUUGUGGGACCUCAGGGUAAAUCAGGCGAACCGGGUCCAACAGGGGACAGAGGACACCCGGGGGCACCAGGUGUUCCAGGAGAGCAUGGUUUACCUGGGGCUGCUGGGAAAGAAGGAGGAAAGGGUGAUCCGGGUUUACCAGGGACAUCAGGGAAAAAUGGUCCUACAGGACUGAAGGGGUUCAGAGGAAGCAGAGGAGCUCCUGGAGUUAUGGGACCUCCUGGCCUGAAAGGAGGAUCAGGACCUAAUGGAUCCCCAGGAGCUUUAGGGGCGUCAGGUGAGAGGGGACCUCCAGGGUCAGCGGGUGCCAUCGGACAGCCUGGUCGAGCCGGAUCAAUUGGAGGACCUGGACCAAUGGGAGAGAAGGGCGAGCCUGGAGAGAAGGGACCGAUCGGUCCAGCAGGUCAGGAUGGAGAUCAGGGACCUGGUGGGUUGCCUGGGGCAACAGGCUCUGCAGGACAUCCAGGAGACGAUGGGGAUAAGGGAGAACAGGGAGAGUCUGGCCAGAAAGGCAGCAAAGGAGACAAAGGAGAAUCAGGUCCUUCUGGACCUACAGGCACUCAGGGGGUAGUCGGCCAGCCAGGACUUCCAGGUGUAGACGGUCUGGUGGGUCCACGGGGCCAGCAGGGCAUGUAUGGUCCGAAAGGAGAUGAGGGACUCCGUGGAUUCAAGGGCUCCAAAGGACCAAUAGGAUUACAGGGCAUGCCCGGCCUCCCAGGAGAGAAGGGUGAGAGUGGACACGUGGGACUGAUGGGUCCACCUGGGCAACAAGGCCCUAAUGGUCCUCAAGGACCCGUGGGGGGACAGGGUCCCAACGGUCGUCCUGGGAUGAUAGGAACGGGUGGUGGUAAUGGAGAGAAGGGGGAGGAUGGAGAGGCAGGGGACCCCGGCUCAGUCGGUGUUCCAGGAAGGCUGGGAGAAAAAGGAGACCAGGGAGAGAAAGGAGAUACGGGCCCUUCUGGAGCAGCUGGUCCUCCAGGAGCAAGAGGCUCCACAGGAGAGGACGGAGCCAAGGGCAACGCUGGUCCUAUAGGUCUCACCGGGGACCUCGGUCAGCAGGGAGAGGCUGGACCCAACGGUGUAGACGGCCUGUCCGGGUCUAAAGGAGACACAGGAGACCCUGGAAAAUCUGGACCCCCAGGAGCGGCAGGUGAACCUGGGCCAUCUGGACCUCCUGGGCGAAGGGGCCACUUGGGGAAAGCAGGAAAAGAAGGAAAGGCAGGCCUGAAAGGAGCAAAGGGUGCCCCCGGUUUGGAGGGUCCCAUAGGGAAGACAGGACCUGUAGGUGCACAGGGACACUCAGGAAACUUUGGACCUCAAGGUUUAAGAGGGAUCCCUGGGCCUGCAGGAGAACAAGGUUUAAAUGGACCCCCAGGCCAGACAGGACCCCCAGGUCCCAUGGGGCCACCUGGAUUACCAGGACUGAAGGGAGACCACGGCAAGAAGGGGGACAAAGGUCAUGGUGGUCUUAUAGGUCUGAUCGGGCCACCAGGAGACAUUGGAGAGAAGGGGGACAGAGGACUGCCAGGGAACCAGGGACUGCCGGGUCCUAAGGGAGAUGAGGGUCCAGUUGGUCCACCAGGUUUUCAUGGUCCUCCCGGCCCCACUGGUCUGUCUGGAGCCAUCGGUUCAAAGGGUUCGAAAGGAAACCAGGGCCCUAUUGGUCCUCGAGGAGACACUGGGCCUGUUGGACUCCCAGGACAACCAGGAUUGCCAGCAGUCGGGAUGUCCCCUCUGCCAGAGCGAGGACGCAGGAGGAGAACGGACAGUGUGCUGGACGGUGCUGCACUUGAGGAAGAGGAGGAGCAGGUGGAGGAGUCGGUAGAUAGAGGAGAGGAGGAAUGGAUGCAGGGAGACCAGGCGGGGCAGGAUAGUUGGAUGAAGGAGAAGGAUAGCAAAGGCAUGGAGGAGGUGUUUGCGUCUCUGUCCUCUAUGAAAGUUGAGGUGGAGGGUCUGCGUAUCCCCAUGGGGACGUUCCACAGCCCAGCCCGCACCUGCAAAGAGCUCUGGCUCCUCAACCCAGAGCUCCCUAACGGUGAGUACUGGAUAGAUCCAAACCAGGGUUGCCAUAGAGACUCCUUCAAGGUGUUCUGUAACUUUACUGCGCAGGGAGAGACGUGUCUGUACCCUGACAAGAAGUUCCAGUCUGUGAAGUUAGCAGCCUGGAAAGGGGAAAAGCCUGGCUCCUGGUAUGGUACAUUCAGGAAAGGAAAACAGUUCUCGUACUCAGGGUCUGAUAGUGUUCCAGUCCACGUGGUCCAGUUGACCUUCUUGCAGCUACUGAGCGCAACAGCCAAGCAAACCUUCACCUACCACUGCCUGAACUCUGCUGCCUGGCUGCAUGCUGCCACCUACAGCCAUGAACAUGCAGUGCGCUUCAGAGGCAGCAAUGGGGAGGAGCUGACACACGAGAACACACAUUACAUCAGUGCACUCUACGAUGGGUGUCAGACACGCUCAGGGCAAGAGAGGACAGUGUUGGAAUUUGAUGCGCCACUGUCCAACACGCUCCCCAUCAUCGACAUCUCCGUGCCUGAUUUUGGGAAGGGAAGCCAGAAGUUUGGUUUCCAAGUUGGCCCGGUCUGCUACAACGGUUAACAAAGCCGAGGGUGGGGCUUAAAAAGGGAAUUAUUUAAUAGGAAAAAAAGAGCCAUGGACACUUUUUACAUGCAGGGAGAAAACUACAUUCAAGACUUUACCUGGACAAAAUAUUUAUAAGUUGAUUUACCUACAACAGUGUUCUGUCAUUUCAAUUUAAUUGUUUUAUACAGAUGUUCAUUCACUCAUUAAUUCUUCUUAGCCUUCUUUUUGAUCUCAUCAAUUUUCACAGCUUUCUCAUUAACAUUGCAUUGACUGUCAACUGCAUCAUCAGUUUAUUUGAGUCAUUCCUCUUUGAAGGAGUGAUUGGUGCUCCCACUGUUUCAACUAUUUCUUUUAACCAUGUAUUGAUCUAUGCACUCAUUCCUCAUCUAUACACACGGCUAUGAAUAUUAUGAUCAGUGAAUCCUCUUUAAAAAUACAGAAACAUCACAUUUCAGGCACAUUCACUCACCAUGUAGUUACAUGUUAUUAUCAAACCUCAACUUGUUGUGUUUAUUCUUGUUUGUUGUUGUCAUUUUGUUGUUAUUAUUAACUGUAAUGUGAUGUAUAUUGGAGUGUAAUUCAUCACGGUGCUGUUAUGUAGCUCCUUACAGGAGUACAUUAUUUUGUAAAAGGGAACUGGGGCAGUGCAUUUUUUUUAUAUUGUGAAUCCAUGUUAUAUAUUUCUUCAACAUUUCAAACCAAACUGUGGUACAUGACUGCCUCAAUGUCUGUCUAUGCUUAGUUUUGUUGGGAAGUGACUAACAUAUUUUAAUAAAAGUACAUAAUGUACAUUUAAGUUAA